GGGGGCAAGCAGAGUGAAUUAUGGGCAAUUGGAAAAUAGAGGAUGUUACAACGCGCAAUAAGAAAACGUUUUCGCAGAGCAUAAUCGUUCCCGGAAAGCUGCUUGGGCUGUCCACGAGCGUAAAAUUGACAGGAUUGGCUAUUUAUUUCUAGACCCUCGUGGGAUUUCUUAUUAAGGCGGGAGGGAUCUAAAAAUAACUUGGGAGGGCUUACUUUAGGAAUAUAGUCUUAUAUGGGGGGAUUGACUCUCUUACAACCUAGCGCUCUUGUUUGUUAGUAUAGUUAUUUCAAUAGGCCACAUUCUUAUUCCAGAUAUGGGUCUGGAACUAGCUUGUAACUGAGGCUAAUACGGGGAUCCUCUUCAAAUGCAAAUCACUUCUCUCUUUCUAGUGAUAUUCCCCGGAUGAGCCUCCAUUGCAAGCUAGUUCCAGUCCAAUACCGAGAAUACGAAUACGGUCUAUUAACGUUAAUUAACGGAUCGAAGCAUCAAGCUAACGCAAUAAAGACCAAAAGUUAGUACGGUUAGAAGUAGAGAGUCGCUGCCCGCGCUGAACACGUAUCAGAUAUUACAACACGGCAAACACUGAAGAGCUAAUGAGGGAAAUAUUGCAAACAAGCUUAUCACUAUUUCUUUCCUUGAUUGUUUCUUUCUAAAAGCGAAUCUGACACGCGUUACCUUUCGUUAACACCGUCGCGAUGGGAAAUUUCACGAAAACAAAUUGAUCUCCACACCAUCCUGGGGAGCGGCGCAUUUGGUGAAGUGUGGAAAGCUGUGGCUUAUGGACUAAGAGGGCUCUCUGGGGAAACAACAGUUGCUGUAAAAAAACUCAAACAUAACAGCAGCGACCCGGAAAAAGAAUCCUUAGCGCAAGAGAUUGAGCUGGGAAAGUCAUUGGAGGGAGACAGACAUCCAAAUAUCGUCAACUUUCUGGCCUGUGUGUCUACAUCCGCUCCUAUGAUGUUGAUUUUGGAAUAUGCACCAUACGGGGAUUUGCUAGGAUACCUAAGAAAAAGCCGAGGUCUCGAAGACAAGUAUUACAGUUCCCCCGAGUGUUGUCAACAGGAAGUGACGUCAUACGACCUGCUUUCUUUUGCACAGCAGAUUUCGGCCGGCAUGAGUUUUCUUGCAUCCAAGAAGAUCCUUCAUCGUGAUUUGGCGGCCCGAAAUAUACUCGUGGGCGUAGACAAGACUUGUAAAAUUACAGACUUUGGAUUGGCGCUGAUAAGAGACAAAUAUCAGUAUCUUUACUGCAUUUCUAUCAGAAAGGGCCGCCUGCCAAUCAAAUGGACGGCUCCUGAACAUUUGUUUACUGAAUCAGAAGAAAAGGACGUAAGAGUGUCAGAGAAAAGUGAUGUAUGGUCUUAUGGAGUUGUUUUGUAUGAGAUAUUUACAUUAGGGGGCGUGCCAUAUCCAGGAUGGAAUGAGUGGAAAGUGGUGUAUGAAUUAAAAAUGAACAAAUACCGUAUGCCUCAACCAGAACAUGUCAGUGAGGAGCUAUACCAAAUAAUGAUGGAUUGCUGGAAUGAAGAUCCGAGCACCCGUCCGACGUUUGAUCAUCUCCACGAAAUAACAACCAGAUUCGUGGAAGACGAGCAUUACGUUGACCUGGACAUGUCAAAGUAUGAAUCGAGCCUGUACACAAAUGUGGAAGAAGUGGCUGAUGCUUGUACAUUACAAGAAAAUGACACAACCAAGGACGUUCAAAACAGAGACAGCAGGCUGUAGACACGCAUAAUAGUUAUUUAUCAUAUAUCUGACGUUUUAAGGACAACUUCCUGCUUUCAAACCAGGCGUCUUUUUUCGGAUUGGAUGCCAUCUCCAUUGAGGGUUUUUGGCGUUUUUUCAAAGGGAACCGUUACCCCUUUAAUAUAUGUUCAUUCGUCUCAAACGGAAAUUUUGAUGUGUCAACUGUUCCUCGGUGCCUUUUGACAUUCCCAUAGUAAACGUAUUUUGACGUGCCAUAAAAGCCAAGCUUGAUCUCUUUUGUCAGAAUUCUUAAUGCUUUAACUUCUAAAACGGCUCAAAAUCAUGAGAUAAGUUUACAUUUUUCAACAAACUCUA